AUGAAUUCUCUGGGAAGAAAGCUGAAACUUCUAAAUUAUGAUCCUGUGGACAUACGUACGGACGAGUUUUAUCUAAUGAUUCUAAAAUUAGAAGAGGAGAAAAUUCGCUUGUACAAACCCAAGGAAAGAGAAAAAAUUAAUUACACCAUGGAAAGAAACUACAAUGAACACAUUUUGAAAUAUCUAAAGAAAUUAAAUAUUAAUAUACACAAUAUUAACAAAAUAAACAUGAGCAAUGAUGUAGAGGUUAGGAUUUAUAUUUUGAACAGCUUGACCACACUGGCCUUAAUAGAUGAAUAUAAGGAUCUUAUAUGCUACGAUGAUGGUGAUAAUAACGAUGAAAAUGACAACACUUGCGGGAAUUUUCAAAACAUGGAAGAUAAUAACAAUUCAGUGAUGAAUGAAAAUGCAGUUGUAAAUUUCUUUGAGUUGGAUCACCUCAGCCUUGCUGAAAUGGACGAACAACGGAAACAAAGUAGUAAUAUAAAAGUGAUAAUUGAACAAGUUAACGAAAUAUUUAAAAAAAACGAUAUACCUUUACUUAUUUUUAACAACCAGGAUGAUGAUAGAAAUCGUUUGUGCAUAAUUCUAUCAGCAUUACAUGCAAUUAAGGAAAAAUUGAAAAAUAAAAAAAAAACAAAUAAUGAGCAUUAUGAAAGCUUAUUUAAUUUUAAUAUAAAUGUGUCCAAUAAGGAUUUGAAAGAUUUUGCUUACAUCAUAAGAUAUUUAUUUAAUAAUAAGCUCAAGGAGAGGAAGGCACACAUAAAGCAAAUUCUGAACGAAAUACAAAUAUUAACGUAUAACCCAGUUAUAGAUAUAAAACAAGGGAAAGUGGGAAGAUGA